GCGGACGGUUUUGAAAGGCGCGCGGCGUAGGUUUGACAUUUUUGUAAAUAAUGCUCCAUUCGUUGAGAUCAUAGUUUUGCAUUUCUCUAAUCGGAUUUCUAGUGCAAUCUUCCCCGUCAGGUACGUUCAUGAGGAUAUCAACAGCCUCAGCUACAACCAGUCUGGAAGUCCUGUGAAGCUGUCAUCAUGAAUGUGAAUCAAGGCACCGUCGGCAGUGAUCCGGUGAUACUCGCCACCGCUGGAUAUGAUCAUACCGUCAGAUUCUGGCAGGCUCACAGUGGCAUCUGCACAAGAACCGUCCAGCACCAGGACUCUCAGGUAAAUUCCCUUGAAGUGACACCUGAUAGGAGCAUGAUUGCAGCUGCUGGUUAUCAACACAUACGCAUGUAUGACUUAAACUCGAAUAAUCCAAACCCUGUGAUCAAUUACGACGGUGUCAGCAAGAACAUCACGUCUGUUGGCUUUCAUGAGGACGGGAGGUGGAUGUACACGGGUGGAGAAGACUGCAUGGCUCGCAUCUGGGACUUAAGGUCAAGGAAUCUACAGUGCCAAAGAAUAUUUCAAGUCAACGCACCCAUUAAUUGUGUUUGUCUUCAUCCUAAUCAGGCUGAAUUAAUUGUUGGGGACCAAAGUGGCGUUAUCCAUAUCUGGGAUUUGAAAACAGACCACAAUGAACAGCUCAUCCCGGAGCCAGAAGUGUCUGUCAAUUCAGUCCAUAUCGAUCCUGAUGCCAGUUACAUGGCCGCAGUCAACAGCUCGGGCAACUGUUAUGUGUGGAACUUGGCUGGAGGAAUCGGCGAUGAGGUGACACAACUCAUACCCAAGACCAAGAUCCCUGCUCACAAACGCUACUCAUUACGCUGCAAAUUCAGCCCAGACUCCACAUUGUUGGCCACUUGCUCCGCUGACCAGACCUGUAAAAUCUGGAGAACCUCCAACUUCUCUCUGAUGACAGAGUUGAGUAUAAAGAGUAACAACCCAGGAGAGACGUCCCGAGGCUGGAUGUGGGAUUGUGCCUUUUCUGGGGAUUCACAAUACAUAGUUACAGCCUCCUCUGAUAACCUUGCACGUCUGUGGUGCGUGGAGACCGGAGAGAUCAAGCGGGAGUACAGCGGCCAUCAGAAGGCCGUGGUGUGUCUGGCCUUCAAUGACAGUGUGCUUGGAUAGUACCCAGAAGCCCUUUCUGCCGGUCAAAACACCUGACAUCUGCAUCUCAUGACCAUCCUCGUGAUAUACAGUGGACUGCAUACAAGUCUAAAAAAUCAAACUUUUUGUUGCGUUAACAAAGACCCCUAACGAUGAUAAUGACUGAUCAAAAAAUGUUGUAUCCUUAUUGUAGCAAAUUCAAAUUCAUGUUAGUACGCCUCUACAGGUGUCGUCAAUAAAUAUAUUAGGCUUUGGACAUCGCCAAA